CCGUUUGGCUCUUUUCUCUACUAGCGAGCAAACCUACAAUCUAGACCCAACUGUCCAUCCAGCUCAUUUUUAAGGGGAUUUAUCAUUAUAUAUGCCCGUGUAUCCAAAACACAUCGGCCAUUGGGGAUUCCUAGCACCGGUUGGCCGGGUCUGAAGGCCGUUAUAACGCUUUUUCGAGGUUUAAUUAGAGCUAGAAAACAACGGUGGUGGAGGAGGAGGAGAUUCCAUAUUAGGAGCACAGAGGAGAAGGCACCCCCCUUGUGUGAUUUGGAGCUUUUGGUUCUGAGCCCAUGGUACAAGGUCCUGACUGAACAUACUGGUGGUGCAUACAGACUUACUGCUGUGGCUAGGUGUGUGCGUGCUGACCUCAUGGUGUAACAGGAGUAAAGAUGAGCAUUAGCAGUGAUGAGGUCAACUUCCUGGUCUACAGAUACCUACAGGAGUCAGGGUUCUCCCACUCAGCGUUUACGUUUGGUAUAGAGAGUCACAUCAGCCAGUCCAACAUCAAUGGUGCUCUGGUUCCACCUGCUGCCCUCAUCAGCAUCAUCCAGAAGGGCCUGCAGUACGUCGAGGCUGAAGUCAGCAUCAAUGAGGACGGCACAUUAUUUGACGGGCGGCCCAUUGAGUCUCUGUCCCUGAUUGAUGCGGUGAUGCCUGACGUUGUUCAGACAAGGCAGCAGGCCUACCGGGACAAAAUGGCCCAGCAGCAGGCAGCCGCUUCGGCACCGGCAACGGCCACUGGAGGCAGCAUCGCCAGCAACGCCAAGAACGGAGAGAAUACUGCCAACGGGGAGGAGAAUGGAGCCCAUGCCUUAGCCAACAACCACGCAGACCUGAUGGAGGUGGACGGAGAUGUGGAGAUCCCUCAGAACAAGGCUAUGGUCUUGAGGGGCCAUGAGUCCGAGGUCUUCAUCUGUGCCUGGAACCCAGUCAGCGAUCUGCUGGCAUCAGGGUCUGGCGAUUCGACGGCUCGUAUCUGGAACCUGAGCGAGAACAGUACAAGCAGCUCCACGCAGCUGGUCCUGAGGCACUGCAUACGAGAGGGAGGACAGGACGUCCCCAGCAACAAAGACGUUACCUCGCUAGACUGGAAUAGCGAGGGCACGCUGUUAGCAACGGGCUCCUACGACGGUUUUGCCAGAAUAUGGACGAAGGAUGGAAACCUGGCCAGUACACUUGGCCAGCACAAAGGUCCCAUCUUUGCCCUUAAGUGGAAUAAAAAAGGCAAUUUUAUUCUCAGUGCAGGAGUAGACAAGACAACAAUCAUAUGGGAUGCCCAUACAGGAGAAGCCAAACAACAGUUUCCCUUCCAUUCAGCUCCAGCACUAGACGUGGAUUGGCAGAGCAACAAUACGUUCGCCUCCUGUAGUACAGACAUGUGCAUCCACGUCUGUAAACUGGGACAGGACAGACCCAUUAAAACAUUCCAGGGACACACAAAUGAAGUAAAUGCAAUCAAGUGGGAUCCCACAGGGAACCUGCUAGCCUCCUGCUCAGACGAUAUGACGUUGAAGAUUUGGAGUAUGAAGCAGGACUCGUGUGUCCACGACCUGCAGGCCCACAGUAAAGAAAUCUACACCAUCAAAUGGAGUCCCACUGGCCCUGGAACGAACAAUCCCAGCGCUAACCUCAUGCUAGCCAGUGCUUCGUUUGACUCCACAGUACGUCUUUGGGACGUGGAGAGAGGAAUCUGUAUCCACACGCUGACUAAACACCAGGAGCCAGUCUACAGCGUGGCUUUCAGCCCAGAUGGUCGGCAUCUGGCCAGUGGCUCCUUUGACAAAUGCGUGCACAUCUGGAAUACACAGACGGGCGCUUUAGUCCACAGUUACAGAGGGACGGGGGGAAUCUUUGAGGUUUGCUGGAAUGCAGCAGGGGACAAAGUGGGAGCCAGCGCAUCAGACGGAUCUGUGUGUGUACUAGACCUUCGGAAAUAGUGCUGCCGUUUGUUGGAAGACAUGGACCGACCAUGAAUGUGUACAUAGCCAAAUGACUGUCCCUGCCUGCCCUGCGUACUGCUCAUGCUUACGACCAUGGCCCCGCCCACUGACAGACAGGAAGCAGGAAACAGGAAACAGGAAGCAAGCACCCGACACAGGGAUGAACAGAUGGACAGACAGACGGAUGGAUAAACGGACGGAUGGAAGUGCCCCUCUCUAUCUGUGCAGACUCUUACAGAGAACAGAAGGGACGCAGUGAAAAAAAGAAAAAACUGAUAGACAAAAAAAAGUUACAGAUCCGUAUAUGUACCAAAAUUUGGAAGCUAUUUUUUUCUUUUUUGAUCUUUAAACCAUGCUCAUCGUCAUCAAAAUGAAAAACAAUGAAAAAAGUGUUGAUCUUUGUUACUAGUUGGAUCUCAUUGUGCAGACAUAUCAACUCCACCAUAAAAUAAGAUGGCACUUAGUUUUUUUAAAUUUCAGAUCUCUUGUUUCAAUGUUUUUAUAUUUUUUAUCUUUGGGGGAGGGGGCAGGGGCUGAUCAGGUUACUAAUUGGCGAAAUACACACACACACACUCAGACAUGCACACCAAACAGUGUCCUCGUCAUGAUUUCAAACCGAUGUGGCAAACAUAAAGGCUUUUUUCUGCAGCUGAGAUUGGGUCACACGGUCUGACCUGCACUUUGUCUUCUCCAGAGGGCAAACUCUGGAUUCCCCGUGUACAUCCACCUGGCCAUGAUGUACAUCUAGAUGCUUUAAAAACCGCUCCCCUGCGCACUAUUUGAUCUACAUGCUUUUACCCACAGUUCUCCCUGGACUCCGGCCAGUUUCAAUUGGCAAGAAGCUGACCUCCACCUGUCUGAAUGUUCAAGGCUGUUCUGGGUUUUAGGUAAUGCAACAGUUAGUCAGGUCCCAUCUCAGAUUACAUACUGUAUUCAGCCAAUAGGAUUCCAGCAGUUCUUUUUACCUUUACAAAACAUUCAAAUUUAUGGAACUGGUGGUGAAUGAAUAGUGUCCUCCUUUACAUUGCUGAUAAAGGCUUUAGUGAGUUUACACAUCAUUUGUAAAACUUCAAAUAUUUCUAAUUUGAUUCACCCUCAAAGGCCUCAAAUCAUGUGUGAUGAAAAAGCUAAGCACCUCGUUUAAAGUGUCUGCUUUUAGUUUUUGCAGAUUCGAGAUUCUCAGAGGUAGAUGCUCUGGAGGCAGAAAUAAUCUCAGCGAUGUACACCGCAGAGCGUAGAGCCAAAGAGAACUCCACCGAGGAAGUGAUUUUGGACACAGCCUCGGCCUGGCUGUAUUAAGCUAGCUGUUGUAGCUAAACCUCCAACUUCAAAAUAGCCAUAUUUGCCUGAGGUAGUGAGGCUGCCUGUUUAUUUUUCAAUCUCCUAAUUGCCGUGUCAUGAACGAAUGGCGAAAAACGUCAUUGCCACUGAUAUCGUAAAUUGUAUUUCGACCAAAAUUUUGUCUCAAAUUAGCCAGCUGGCUAACUUUGUCCGCUAUGGGAAAUGUCUGUUCCUCGGCUCUUCACUUAAUUAUUCCGCAGCAGCUCUGCCUCUGGGACUUACAUAACUGAAAUUUUAAUCUGCUGAGAUUUUUGUUUUACUGUUUUAUUGCGCACAACCACCCACCCAGUUUUCUCUGGCAUGGAGAGGAGGGCAUCAGUGACUUUGGGCUGCUGUUUGUCAACAGGCUGCCUUUACCUUCUCACCUCCAUCCUUCGUUCUUAACGUCCAAAAUUCUGCUCGCAUUUUAUUCUGAGGUUCCUUACUGACAAGACAUUUUAUACUCUUUUAAAGACAAAUUUAAAGUUACAUUUUUGUAAUUUCUUUGUAGAUUUGAAAAAUGUGAAUUGAUGAUUUAUUGGCAGUGUUAAUUUCCAUGUUCUAUAAAUUUGAAAGAUUUCCUUUUGUUACUUUGAUGCUAUUUGCAAAUAUUGCAAAAAAAGGUUGACCCUGUAAUGUAAGGCUUACUGAGCUGAGCUGUCAUUCUGUAGGCACCUUGCCUGGGAAGAGUUUUCCCAGGAGCAAAUUACCACUAAAUUUGCUGUUUUAAUAAAGAAAUGUUUUACUUUUUCUUUUGCUUGAAUAUUUUUGGGAAGCUUUGUCCCAGAAAAUGACUUUCUCCUGAAACUCCUCUUGGCUUACACGUAAGACAGUUCAAAAGAGUAACUCUUUAAAUUGAAUAAAAUUGUAAUUUUUCAAUCAAGCCAGGACUCGAGGGAAUUUGUUCCCCCUUUUCCAUCGCUACAGUUGAGAGGCACUCAGAUGUUCUGUGGAGAAACUCUGGAGGCAGAUAUAAUCUCAUUGGUUGAAUAUGGAGUGUCUAAAUUGUUAGUGGGCAAUGGGACAUUUUGAGCACAGAAAAAGAUUUUAUGCACAAUUAUAUUUUAUAGAGGCUUUUAGAUCUAUUCUCUGCUCGGUAAAUUUGUUUGUGUGGUUGCUCUUAUCCACAUAAGCGUUUUUCUCAUUUGCCCUCUCUCAAAUUCCCUGCUCUGUGUUCCCAAACCCUUGAGCACUUAAGAGUCUCUCAGGUUUGCCUGCGUGCUCGUUUAACAGUGUGCUUCCAUUCCAGCCAACUGGAUAACUGAAGUAUCUGUAAUUGGCUGUUUUGCCUCCGAUCCGAACAUUGGUUGGAUCACCGGUCACUAAGGACGCACUCCCUACUCUAGCUUUGUCUGUGCUAAAAACGCGCGCACACAAUUAUAAUGCCGUGCUUGAGUUAAACCUCAGUGGCCGGAGCCAAAGAACUGUAGUAGUAUUAGACUGAACCCCAGUGAAAAGGCUAAUCAGAUCCUCCUGAAGCAUCAGGAAUUGGCCCAAAAAUGAAGUUAACAUACAUGUUGACCUAACAAUUCAAGUUUGGAGUCACUCAGAGGUUUAAUGAAACCAAAAACAUUCUAUCUGCCUCCAGAGCACCUCUGCUUCUGAGAAAUGUUUGUAUAACUACAAAUCAACUUUGUCUCCUGUAACCCCUGUAAUAAAUUGGAGAUUUCUACUAAUGGACUUAGAGAUUUCAUGUGUUCCUAUUUACAGUUCUGUGUACUAUUUGUUUUUUCUUCCCUGUAUUUAAAGCACUUGAGCCAACAGUUAUGAAAAUAUCUCGCACGGGAAUAUUCCUCUGAUGUGUUCAUGCCAUCCUUAGGUCACACAGUUUGUCUGGGUAAACAUGGCCGCCACAACAGAGCAUCAUGUCAGCAAAGCUGCAUCUCUCCCAUGGGGUCUCCAAGCCUUUGUUUUGUUUUUUUUCUGCAACGCGCAUCACAUCGAUCUGUUAUCAUUUACGUCAGAUCAGUGAAACAAAAGUCCAGAAUAAAAUAUAUUUUGAUAAGA